AGUAUAUAAACCUUACCUAAUUCCAAGCUUCCAUGGAAGGAAACAAACUUGGAUGCCAAAAAAAAGAACCCUGAAUUCAGCCAUAUAUAUUCGUUAUUUUCCAAAAUACUAAGAAAAAAACUCGACCCAUCAUGCGAAAACUUCAACUUUCUCUUAAUCUUGCUCGAAAUUCUUGAUUUUCUCAUUUCUGAUCAUCUGGGUUUUUAGUCAGUGAAGAAUCUUGUACACAUUAAUGGCUUCCUGCAGUAUCCCUUGCAGUUCGCAGCUCCAAUUUCACUCCAUUUCUUUCAGAAAGAAUUUCGCCUUCAAUUCACAUGGCUCUCAUGGGUCACUAGCUUUUGCCUCGAGGUUGAAGCAACAAAAGGCCAUUACAUGUAAUUCCACCGCUUCCAAACAACAAUUUGAGAUAGUUUAUGAUCCUGAUGAAAGGAUAAACAAGUUAGCUGAUGAAGUGGACCGGGAUGCUCCUCUUUCGAGGCUUACUCUGUUCUCACCUUGCAAGAUUAAUGUUUUCUUGAGAAUAACUAAGAAGAGGGAAGAUGGAUAUCAUGAUUUGGCAUCUCUCUUUCAUGUGAUAAGCUUAGGGGAUACUAUUAAAUUCUCUUUGUCGCCAUCGAAGAAGGAUCGUCUUUCUACCAAUGUGUCUGGGGUGCCCCUUGAUGAUCGAAAUUUGAUUAUCAAGGCUCUUAACCUCUACAGGAAAAAGACCGGCAGUGACAAAUUUUUCUGGAUCCAUCUCGACAAAAAGGUACCAACUGGAGCAGGGCUUGGUGGAGGAAGCAGUAACGCUGCAACUGCUCUGUGGGCAGCCAAUCAGUUCAGUGGAUGUCUUGCUACUGAAAAGGACCUUCAAGAAUGGUCGGGCGAGAUAGGAUCUGACAUUCCCUUCUUUUUCUCAGAUGGUGCGGCCUUCUGCACCGGGAGAGGUGAGAUUGUACAGAAUCUUCCACCUCCAGUACCCUUGGAUGUUCCAAUGGUUCUCAUAAAACCCCAGGAAGCAUGCUCUACAGCUGAAGUUUAUAAGCGCUUACGAUUGGAUCAAACAAGCAAGGUUGAUCCUUUAUCAUUGUUGGAUAAAAUCACAAAGAAUGGAAUAUCCCAAGACGUGUGUAUCAACGAUUUGGAACCUCCUGCUUUUGAGGUCCUCCCAUCUCUUAAAAGAUUGAAGCAGCGGAUAAUUUCUGCCAGCCGUGGAGAAUUCGAUGCCGUAUUUAUGUCUGGGAGUGGUAGCACAAUAGUAGGGAUUGGGUCCCCAGAUCCUCCGGGCUUCAUAUACGAUGACGAAGAAUUCCGGGACGUAUUUUUGGCAGAGGCAAACUUUCUCACCCGUGAGCCAAAUAAAUGGUAUCAAGAACCCGCUUCGUCAUCCGCUUGUAGUCCGCCUUCUGAGCAUCCUGAAUCAUCAUCAGCUAGGUAGCUUCCUCCGAUCAAAAACUAGAGGUUCACCUUAUUGUUUUCAUAUUGUAGUGAGAAUUUGUGUAUCCACAGUUAAAACCACAUCCUCCAUUGACAAUCUUGGAGAAAGUGAGAUCUUGAGCUCUCUUUUUGUGACCAACAACCAAAUCUUUGGUCUCUAAGGAGAAAUAUAUAAAAAGAAAAGAAGUAAACAAGAUUUGGAGUUA